CGAACCGCCACCACUGCGGUGGUCAUCCGCUGGAAACUACAGUCGCAACACCCCGCCAGAGUCGAAGGCAACAUGUCUGGCAUGUUGGACGAGAUAUCCGACGAGAGUCCUGUGCUGGACAAACCCUCGUGUCGUCUCUUGGGGCCUGUCGCACUGAUUGUUCAAGGCGCCAUGGGCCUGAUAGUGAUAUCAACCCUCGUGUACAAGCGAUAUCGAGAGCAUCCCCGAAGACCAUGGCGCAUAUGGCUGUUUGACGUCUCGAAGCAGAUACUAGGUCAAAUGUUCGUGCACGGUGUUAACGUCCUUAUAUCGGAUGUCAUAUCGCGAAUAUCCUCGGGGAAUGCAUGCAUCUUCUACUUCCUGAAUAUUCUAAUAGACACCACUUUAGGAGUGGCCAUAAUAUACUUUAUGCUCCAUGCUCUGCAGAGCCUGUUAACAGAUAAGAUGCAUUUCAAGGGAUUCGAGUCGGGUGUCUAUGGAAACCCACCUUCCCUCAAAUUUUGGGGUCGUCAAGCCGCUGUUUACGUGCUGUCGAUCACAACAAUGAAACUUGUUGUGAUUGCACUUUUCGCUCUAUGGCCGGGUAUCUUCGAGAUUGGCGACUGGCUUUUGAGCUGGACAGGCGACGGGUCCAAUUUCCAGAUCAUCUUCGUGAUGGGCCUUUUCCCCAUCUUCAUGAAUUGUCUGCAAUUUUGGCUCAUUGACUCCAUCGUGAAGGCCUCAACGCCCCCCCUCACGCUUGCGUCUGACUCACUGGACGACUCCGACGAGCGCGACCGCGAACCGCUAUUCCGAGCCUCCUCUGAUGACGAAGAAGACGCGCCCGGAAGGCCACAUGAUAUUGAGAAUCAGCUCCCACAUUCUAGUUCCACAUCCCCGCGCGAGCCAAGCGUCGGGAAGGACGUUCCGGAUGAACAGAAAUCCGCUGAUACAAUGACGGGCUCCAGCGCGCCUUCCGGAACCCAGGCUGCGAUGCAUUCGUACCCGCCCAGUCUCUCCCACUCGGACAGCCCAAACAGGUCUCCGGCGUCUUCCCGGCUUUCGAGCAAGUCCCCGCAACGGCGCCGCCGUUCCCCCCCGCCACCGUUGCUGCCUCGCUCUCCCCUACAGCCAGCCAUCAACUCUCCUUCGUUAUCACAGCACUACCUUGACCAGAAACCCGCGGAGAAACUCGGCAGCCAUUUGAAGACGGAAGUUCGUGUGGCUGGCGAAGACCCCAACGAGUCGUGGGACUUAGACUGGGAUAACGACGGAGAUGACUGGGCUAAUAGAGUGGGUGAAGAAGAUUGGACCGGGAGACGAAUGGAAGAGAGGAAAGAUUAUGUGGUGAACAACCAUCAUGAACAGUCUCCAACCGUAGACCUUCGAUGACUUGAUAACUUUCGAUAUUUGUAAUUUCCGAC